UGGCAGUUUUUUUCUUUCUUUUUUGGAAGCUGUGCUGGAUGCCCUGGAGGAACAAGGAGGCCUCCAGUCCCUCUUCUGCUAACCUCCCCCCAGAGGCCCUCCUGAGCCCCAGCUCCAGAGGCAACAUGGCAGACAAGCUGAAGGACCCCAACACUCUGGGCUUCCUAGAGGCAGCUGUGAAGAUCAGCCACACAUCCCCAGAUAUCCCGGCCGAGGUGCAGAUGUCAGUCAAGGAGCACAUCAUGCGUCACACACGGCUGCAGCGACAGACCACAGAGCCAGCAUCAUCCACCAGACACACGUCCUUCAAGCGCCACCUGCCAAGGCAGAUGCACGUCUCCAGCAUGGACUAUGGUAAUGAGCUGCCCCCGGCAGCAGAGCAGCCCACCAGCAUCGGCCGCAUCAAGCCUGAACUCUACAAGCAGAAGUCAGUGGACGGGGACGAGGCCAAAUCUGAGGCCACCAAGAGCUGCGGGAAGAUCAACUUCAGCCUGCGCUAUGACUAUGAGAGCGAGACCCUGAUUGUGCGCAUCCUGAAGGCCUUCGACCUCCCUGCCAAGGACUUUUGCGGCAGCUCUGACCCUUACGUCAAAAUCUACCUCCUGCCCGACCGGAAAUGCAAGCUGCAGACCCGGGUGCACCGAAAGACCCUGAACCCCACCUUUGAUGAGAACUUCCACUUCCCCGUGCCCUACGAGGAGCUGGCUGACCGCAAGCUGCAUCUCAGCGUCUUUGACUUUGACCGUUUCUCCCGCCAUGACAUGAUCGGAGAGGUCAUCCUGGACAACCUCUUUGAGGCUUCUGACCUGUCCCGGGAAACCUCCAUCUGGAAGGACAUCCAGUACGCCACGAGUGAAAGCGUGGAUUUGGGAGAGAUCAUGUUCUCCCUCUGCUACCUGCCCACAGCGGGCAGGCUCACCCUCACCGUGAUCAAAUGUCGGAACCUCAAGGCGAUGGACAUCACAGGCUAUUCAGACCCAUACGUCAAAGUGUCCCUGCUUUGUGACGGGCGGAGACUAAAGAAGAAGAAAACAACCAUAAAGAAGAACACUCUCAAUCCUGUCUACAAUGAAGCCAUCAUCUUUGACAUUCCCCCAGAGAACAUGGAUCAAGUCAGCUUGCUCAUCUCAGUUAUGGAUUAUGAUCGAGUGGGCCACAAUGAGAUCAUUGGUGUCUGUCGUGUGGGGAUCAGCGCCGAGGGCCUGGGCAGGGACCACUGGAACGAGAUGCUGGCAUACCCGCGGAAGCCCAUCGCACACUGGCACUCCUUGGUGGAGGUAAAGAAAUCCUUCAAAGAGGGAAACCCUCGGUUGUGAUUUCAUUCACGUGGAUGCUGCAAGCAGAGAGACUGCCACCCGGAGUUAGGAUGGCAGGGCCGAGCUGCCAGCUUCGACAGCGAGAGCUCCUGCCCAUCUCCGAAACCACCUCCGACACCAUGAGCUGCACGGCCAAGUGACACGAACAGGACUCAGCAACGUUCUUUUUGCACUUGUUCAACCGUCUAAACACAGUAUUGUGCAGUGGCAGCGGCAGCGGCAGCGCAUCUCUCACUCCAGAGUCUUAACUGCUCCUGUGUAGGUCAAGGCCGAGACACUUGUCGUGUGGUCAGAUCUGUCUUAGUCUUGUCUGUCUCCCAAGGUGAUGUGUUUUGUGGUUUUCACUUUUUGUGGAUCUGCUGUCAAGAAAAGAAGGGAAAAGAAGUAGGAAAAAAACGAAGAGUAGAGAGCCCAGGAGUUGGUUCUAUAAAAUACAAUGUAAAAUAGUCGUCUUUUCAGGGGAGGUGGUUUGAGUUUCUGAAAUUUUGUGUCUCCACCAAGCUCCAUAACCUGGAGAAGAAGGAAGGGAGAUGGAGCGGUGGCUGCUUUUUCAGUGGCCUACAGGAAUGGCGCAAAUGGGUCGAAGAGCCUUUACCAGGCUGAUUAUGACUCUUUGAAGCUCUUCGCGGUUGUGACAUUCUCCGAGAUGUGGACUCCUGGUCCCAUGUU